GCUAAAAAAUGACGGGACUUUUGCUGCUCACUUGUUUUCUGAUUUUUGCCAAUUCUCCCACCUGGGCAAAAGAGAGACAUUAUUAUGUUGGCAUUAUAGAAGGGACCUGGAACUAUGCUCCCACUGGUAGAAACAUAGUUAAUGGAAAACGCAUUUCAGAAGAUAAAGAACUUCGUUCAUAUAUCUAUCUACAAAGAGGCCCCCAGAGGAUAGGACCAACUUAUAAGAAAGCCAUGUAUGUUGAGUAUACCGAUGACAGCUACCGAAGGCGGGUGAAAAAGCCUUCCUGGCUGGGGUUUUUGGGUCCUAUUCUGAAGGGAGAGGUUGGGGAUAUAAUCGUUGUGCAUAUGAAAAACUUUGCCUCGAGACCCUACACGAUGCAUCCCCAUGGAGCAACCUAUACCAAGGAAAAUGAAGGUGCUCUGUAUCCCGACAACACCUCCAGGCUACAAAAGAAAGAUGAUGGAGUGAAGCCUGGACAAAGAUAUACUUACAGGUGGUCCUUAACCCCAGAGCAAGGGCCUGCGGAUGGAGACCAUAAUUGUGUGAUCAGAAUUUACCACUCACACUUUGAUCCUGUGAAGGACGUAGCUUCUGGGCUUGUGGGAGCCAUGCUAGUUUGUAAGAAAGGGACCCUGAAUGGGGACACUGAAAAAGAUAUCGAUCACUCAUUUGUUAUUAUGUUUAGUGAAAUAAAUGAAAAUAAGAGCUGGUAUCUAGAUGAAAAUAUCAAGACCUACUGUUACGAACCUGACAAGGUUAAUAAAACUGAUCCAAGCUUCAUGGAGAGCAACAGAAUGCAUUCAAUGAAUGGAUUCAUGUUUGGAAAUAUCCCAGGCAUUACCAUGUGCAUGGAAGACAGAGUGAAAUGGUAUUUUUUUGGAAUGGGUGAUGUGAUUGAUAAACACUCCAUCUUUUUUCAUGGACAAACUUUCAUCUAUAUGGGUCACCGAAUGGAUACUCUCAGCCUUUUUGCUGCUUCAAUGGCUGAUGUCUACAUGGUGGCAAAAAGCGUUGGGGAAUGGAUGCUGAGCUGUCAAAUAAACAAACAUGUGGACGCCGGCAUGCAGGCCUAUUUCAGGAUAGAUGAUUGCAAAAAGCCCUCAACCGAUAAUGUGAAUGGGACGAGAGUUAGGUACUACUACAUUGCUGCUGAGGAAGUGAUUUGGAAUUAUGCUCCAUCUGGCAUUAACUAUUACACAAUGAAAAACUUAACAGCUCCUGGGAGUGAAUCAGAGCCCUAUUUUGUUCAAGGUCCCGACAGAAUUGGAGGAACCUAUAUAAAGUUGCAAUACCAAGCAUACACAGAUGAUUCCUUCCGAAAAAGGAAAACGAGACUCCCUGAAGAAAGACAUCUUGGACUUUUGGGUCCUGUCAUUAAAGCAGAGGUGGGAGAUACCAUCCGGGUAGCUUUUCUCAACAGAGCUAGCCAUCCCCUCACCAUUCAGCCCCACUGCCUGAGGCUCACCAAGAGCAAUGAAGGAUCACACUACAUGACGCUUAGUGGAGGUACACCUCCACCUUCUUCAAGUAUAAAGCCUGGGGAAAACUUUACCUAUGAAUGGACUGUUCCAGAAACUGUGGGUCCCACCUCUGCCGAUCCAACUUGUUUGAGCUGCAUGUACUAUUCCGCCUUGGACCUGGUUAGAGAAGUCACCAGUGGGAUGUCAGGGCCUCUCAUAGUGUGUAGGAAAGGAAGCCUUAACGCAGAUGGUAGACAGAAAGGUGUAGACAAGGAAUUCUACCUGCUGCCCACAGUAUAUGAUGAGAACGAAAGCCUGUACUUGGAUGAAAAUAUUAGACUAUUUACAGGAACCCCCAGCAAAGUGAAUAAGAAUGAUCUAGACUUCCAAGCAUCUAACAAAAUGUAUUCCAUAAAUGGAUACAUGUAUGGAAAUCUACCAGGACUGGAUAUUUGCCUAGGUGACAAGAUUUCAUGGCACGUCUUCAGUGUAGGGUCAGAAGAAGAUAUCCACGGGAUAUAUUUUUCCGGACACACUUUUGUCUCUUUAGGACAGAGGAGAGACACUAUAAAUGUGUUUCCACAAACCUCCCGGACCCUCUAUAUGACAGCAGAUUCCCCAGGGGAAUUCGAUGUUGUUUGUCUCACAACGGACCACUAUGCAGGAGGUAUGAAACAUAAAUACCGAGUGAACCGAUGCAACAAGGCUUUUCAUGACAACACAGUCUAUCGGGAGAAGGUUUACUACAUCGCAGCUGUGGAACUGGAAUGGAAUUAUUCUCCCAGUAGGAAGUGGGAAAAGGAAAUGCAUCAUUUACAAGGAAAAAAUGGGACAAAUAUAUUUGUGGAUAAAAGCAAUGGUUGGUUUCUUGGUUCAAAAUACAAGAAAGUUGUUUUCUCUGAGUUCACUGAUAGCUCCUUCAAGACUCCAAAGCCAAGAACAGAAGAAACCAAACAUCUGGAUAUCCUAGGUCCAAUAAUUCGAGCAAGCGUUGGAGAUAGACUUAGAAUUGUCUUUAAAAACAUGGCCAGCAGGUCUUAUUCUAUGCAUGCUCAUGGAGUGAAAACAGAUUAUUAUACUGUUACUCCAACAAAACCAGGGGAAAUAAGAGUAUAUAAGUGGAAGAUUCCUGAAAGGUCUGGACCUACUCAAAAUGACUCUGCUUGCAUACCCUGGGUUUACUAUUCAACUGUGGAUCCAGUUAAGGAUCUUUACAGUGGAUUAGUUGGACCUUUGGUCAUCUGUCACCGAAAUGUCACCGAGAAACCUGCUGCCAGCCAUGUUCUUGACCUGUUUCUUUUUUUUAUGAUUUUUGAUGAGAAUCUAUCCUGGUACUUCGAUGAAAACAUCAGAAAGUAUUCUCCACAUCCAGAGAAAGUCAAAAAAGAUGAUCCAGUUUUUAUUAUAAGCAACCAAAUGCAUGCAAUUAACGGACGACUUAAUGGAAACAACCAAGGUCUGAUAAUGCAUGUUGGAGACACAGUGAACUGGUAUUUGAUUGGCUUGGGGAGUAAUUUCGACAUCCACACUGUUCACUUCCAUGGCCACAGCUUCAAAUAUAAGGGCUCUGGAUAUUAUCGCUCAGAUGUUUACAACCUUGUUCCUGGAGUAUUCAAAACUGUUCAAAUGUAUCCAACAGAUGCUGGGACUUGGUUAUUCCACUGUCAUGUUAGUUUACACAUUGAUAAUGGAAUGGAAAGCACUUACACUGUUUUAAAAAGAAAAGGACAAAAGACUUCGUGAAGAGAUUUUGACGAGCCCCCAUCAAUGGUCCUAGAGUAGAAGAAAACGGAAAACUCAAGCCUGCCAAGGAAUAAAGGAAAAAUUAAAUUAAAUUAUGAAUAUAAUCACUAGCAGAGAAGCAUUUUUUAAAAAAAAAUAACCAAAAAAUUUAAACUUUCUCUUUAACCUCUUAGUAUGAGCCAUUGGAGAUUUCAGUAGGAUUGAAUCAUGGGAGUGUGAUGC